UCUCGCCUGUCAGUGCUAGGGUUCUUCAUUCUUUCUUUCCCGGGAGGAAGAAGCUCUGGCUAGGUUCUCGAUAAUCUCUCUCAUUCCCUUUCACGGCAUCGGCUCUUGUUCGCCCAGCGCCACUCUCUCUUAAUCUCUCUCGCUCGCAAUGCUGGUGUUGCGCUGCAUCGAUCGACGGGAGCAUUCCAUUCGACAUUUCUCCUGCCAGGGAUGACAACGUGAGCUUCGAUCGGCGAUUACGCGGUAGGCAGAGGCAGCGGGGCGGCAUGGCUGCUCCGAAAGAGGAUCAUCAGCAUCCCGUGCAAGAUCAGCUGCCAGACAUCGAUUACUGCCCCAACGAUAGCCCCAGUAUCGCUGAGGCGAUCCUCUUGGGAUUCCAGCACUAUGUCGUGAUGAUCGGCACUACUGUGCUCAUCCCUAGCAUGUUUGUUUUUGAAAUGGGGGGAAACACGGAGGAGCUCAUUCGAGUGAUCCAGACGCUUCUCUUUGUCAAUGGGCUCAUGACUCUUGUCCAGAGUUUUUUUGGUACCAGGCUGCCAGUUGUGAUGAAUGCAUCCUUCUCGUAUGUUAUUCCAAUCUGGAGGAUUGUGAAUUCGCCGAAGUAUCGCUCUAUAUUUGAUGAUCAUGAGAGAUUCUACCAUACCAUGCGAGCCAUUCAAGGGGCAUUGACUUGUGCGUCGAGCAUACAGAUUAUACUUGGCUUUAGUGGGCUCUGGGGAAUUUUGCUCCACUAUAUUUCUCCGCUCUCUAUUGCUCCAGUGAUUGCUCUGGUUGGUCUUGGAUUAUUUGAGUAUGGAUUUCCUGCGGUAGCUAAAUGCAUUGAAAUUGGACUGCCAGAACUUCUUCUUCUUAUAGUUCUCUCACAGUUUUUGCGGAAAAUGAAUUCCAAGAAGAAGCUGCCAGUCUUAGAACGCUUCCCUGUGCUUCUGAGUGGAGUUAUCAUCUGGGCUUAUGCACACCUGCUCACUGUAAGCGGUGCGUACAGACAUGCAACGGAACUUGGAAAGGAUCACUGUCGAACAGACCGAGCACACUUUGUAAAAUCAGCGCCUUGGGUGCGAAUCCCGUAUCCACUGGAGUGGGAUGCUCCAACAUUUGAUGCCGGCGAUGCCUUUGCGUUCCUUGCAGCAGCGUUUGUUUCACAACUGGAGUCAACAGCCACGAUAUAUGGUGUUUCACGGCUCGCCAAUGCGACUCCUCCACCGCCAUUUAUUGUUGGAAGAAGUAUCGGCUGGCAAGGUAUCGGGUUGAUGUUGAAUGGCUUGUUUGGAACAAUCACCGGAUCUGCUGUUUCAGUCGAAAACGCUGGGCUUGUUGGUCUCACAAGAGUUGGUAGCAGACUUACUGUGCAAAUUGCAGCGUUAUUUAUGAUAGUUCUCUCGAUCUUUGGCAAAUUUGGUGCGAUUGUUGCCUCCAUACCUCAGCCCAUCGUUGCUGCAAUUAACUCUGUUCUCUACGCCAUCUUAGCUGCUGUUGGUCUCUCGUACCUCCAGUUCACAAAUCUUAACAUUCUUCGCAACUUAUUUAUCCUGGGCUUUACGUUGUUCAUGGGAUUUUCGAUUCCUCAGUACUUUUACCAGUUCGCAAUUGCCAGUGGCCAUGGACCUGUACAUACGAGAGCAGGCUGGUUCAAUGACAUGCUCAACACAAUCUUCUCCUCCCAAGCAACAGUGGGCUUCAUUCUUGCCAUCAUCCUUGACAACGCUCUCAAGACGCAUAAGAAGAAUCGGGGAUAUGGCUGGUGGAGGAAAUAUCACAAAUGGAAGGACAGUGCCACCAAUGAAGAGUUUUACAAGCUACCUUUCAACCUCAACAAGUACUUCCCUCCCCCUCAGCAUUAGUGUCACUCCUCUUAAUUGUUUUACAUAAACAUAAUUAUCCAGAAUACAUUUUUUAUUUAUUAUAAAAAUGAAUUAUAGCUGUU